CAAUGGGGCUCCAACCCAGAAAUUUCAUUCAGCUUCAUCAUGAAUAUUCUAUAUAUUCUUCAUUUGUUCUGGUAGGAAGUAAGAAAUAUUUGACCUUUUGUAUCGUUGAUUGAUUUUUGAGUGCUCAUCUUGAUUGAUUUCAUGCGUUCCAAUUUGCCAAAGUUAAACAAUCUUAAUUUUCCAGAUUUUCAAGUACCCAAAAUACUCUGUUUAUGUUUGAUUUUGCUGUAAUCAAUGAAUGAUGCUGGGGAUGUAUUUGCUGGGGCUGGUGGAGGAAUACUGUUUAAUGUUAUCUAUGAUCUGCUUAAAGAGCUCAUCAGCAAGUCUAUGAUAUAUGGACCUCUCCUCAAAGACAUCCUAUCUAUGCUAGAGUCAUAUGAACCACUGAUCAAGCAGAUAGAAGCAAGCAAUGAGGAACUGGGUUAUCCAGAGGAGGAAGUAGAAACGUUCAAAGCACAUAUGGAGGAGGGGAUAACGAUUGUUAAAAAGUGCUCCAAGGUUCGGAAGUGGCACAUCUUCAAGAAGUACAAGUACGCCAACAAGCUUAUUGGGUGGGAUAGUGCUCUUGUAAGACACUUGGAUGUAUUGAAGGCGCAGGGAGUAAGGGAUGGAAAGGAGACCUUGGUUUUGGUAAAGAAGACAGAGAGGGCGCUCACUCGGAUUGAAACGAGUAGUAUCAGUUUAGAGGCAGGGGUUGUGGAUAUAGCAACAUCCAGUAGGCAUAUGGAGAAGGUUCUCAGUGGACUUGAAAUGAGGAGUGUGGAUAUAGUGGAUGGGAUUUACCGAAUUGAAGACCGAGUUGAAAUAAACUCUAGCAUUGUGGAGGCAGGGUUCAAGAGGCUUGAAGAUCGACUUGAGACACGAAAUGGAGCUGAAGUUGGAGCUUGGGGUGUUGUGCCUGAACUUACACAGUUUACGGUUGGAUUGGAUGAGCCUUUGCAGGAAUUAAAGAUGAAACUUCUUAAGGAUGGAGUCUCGAUGCUUGUGGUCACUGCUCCAGGAGGAUGUGGGAAAACUACAUUGGCAACAAAGUUUUGUCAAGACCAUAAAGUCAAAGCUAAAUUCAAGAACAAUAUCUUCUUUGUCACUGUGUCGAACACACCAAACCUGAGCUUAAUUGUGCAAGAAUUAUACCAACGCAAGGGUUCCCAGGUGCCUAAUUUCCAAGAUGAAAUAACUGCUGUCAAGUGGCUGCAAACAUUUCUUAAGGACCAAGGGCGGAACCCUUUACUAUUAGUCUUGGACGAUGUUUGGUCUGGAUCAGAAUCCCUACUAGACAAGUUUCAGUUUGAGAUUCCAGAUUAUAAGAUUUUGGUCACAUCGAGAUCUGAAUUUCCGAGAUUUGGUUCGUCAUAUCAUUUGCCAUUAUUGGAUACUGAAAAUGCCAUGGAACUCUUUAGUCAUUCAGCAUCCUUGAGAGAUAAAAGCUCACAUAUUCCAGCAGACCUCUCAAGACAGAUAGUAGAGGGCUGUAAGGGAUAUCCACUUGCGAUUACAGUGGCAGGAGGUUCACUUUGCGGACAAAGUAUAGAGAUCUGGAAACAAAGACUAAUUGAAUGGUCCAAAGGUUCUUCAAUUCUUGAUUCUGAGACAGACUUGCUUAUUCGUCUCCAAAGCAGCUUAGUUGUGUCGGAUAAAGAAAUGGCUAUCAUCAGGGAUUGUUUUCUAGACCUUGGAUCAUUUCCUGAAGACCAAAGAAUCCCAGUUAAUGCCCUCAUUGAUAUGUGGACUGAGUUAUAUGAGCAGCUCGAUGAAGAUACUUUGUGUGUUGCAUACCUCCAGAGGCUCACCAACCGAGGUCUAGCUAAUCUUGUAGUCACACGGAAGGACCGGACGCAGGGCGAUGGAUACUACAGCGAACAUUUUGUUACUCUGCAUGAUCUUCUUAGGGAGUUGGCUAUCUAUGAGACAAGACUACAAGUUCCGGGAGAUAGAGAAAGACUGAUAAUAAACAUAAAGGGAAACAACUAUCCCAAAUGGUGGAUGGAAAAGAAGUAUGAAUCCAUGAAAGCUCGCCUGUUAUCCAUCUCAACUGAUAGAAAUUUCUCAUCAAAAUGGCACCACAUGGAAUUACCAGAAGCUGAGGUUCUAGUCUUGAAUUUUCAGACAAAGAAUUAUGCCUUACCCAAAUUUGUGGAAACUGCGCAUAAAUUAAAGGUACUUGUUGUCACAAAUUAUGGUUUCUCACCUGCUGACCUGAGUAAUAUUGCAUUACUGGGUUCGUUAUCUCACCUAAAGAGAGUUAGAUUGGAGCGUGUCUCCUUAAAUUCAAUAGCCAAGAACCCCAUACAAUUGGUGUGUCUGAAGAAGAUAGCCCUAUUUAUGUGUACCAUUGGGAAAGCUUUCAGUGACGAUUCCAUUCAGAUCUCAUAUGCAUUUCCAAACCUAGAGGAACUUAGCAUAGACUAUUGUAAUGAUUUGGUGGAAAUGCCUGCUGGCCUGUGUGAUCUAAUUCAUUUAAGGAAGCUCAGCGUCACCAACUCACAUAAGCUUCUCGUGUUGCCUGAAGAGCUUGGAAAACUGGAAAAUUUGGAACUGCUGAGACUAAGGUCAUGUACAGACUUGGAACAGUUGCCAGGCUCGAGCAGGAACCUAAAGAAAUUGAUAUUUCUUGACAUUUCUUAUUGCUUUAGCAUCAAGGAGUUGCCUGAAGAUAUUGGUGAAAUGAGCAGCUUAAGAAAGCUUAACAUGAGGGAAUGUUCAAGAUUGCAAGAAGUGCCUAUAUCAGUAUUGGAUCUUGAGCUUUUGGAGGAAGUAGUAUGUGAUGAUGAGACAUGCAAUUUAUGGGAACCCUUACCUCUCAAAAACACAAAAAUAGUGGUGGAGAAGGAAAAUAUCAACCUGAAUUGGCUCCAUAAGCUUCAAAUUUGAGAGCAGUCCUUACCUAACAAACACAUUGGAGCUCUGUAUGUAUGAUUCAUUAUUUCUCCCUGUCAUUUCCUUCCCCUUUUUCAAUUUGAUUCGUUAUUUUUGUAAAUGCAUAGGACAACAAUAUAGCAAUGUAAUAGGCUACUUUAUUUAUGACAAUGACUUCAGUUCUCAGAUGUGAAUUUUCAAUAUAUGAGCAGCUCACUUUUGUAGAAAUCUUCAUCUAUGCUAGUGC